GGCCCGCCCGCUCCCUGCCCGGGGCGGUGCCGCGGCCGAACGGGACGGGAAGGGGCCAGCAUGGGCCGGACGGUGGUGGAGCUGUUCUACGAUGUGAUCUCCCCCUACUCCUGGCUGGGGUUUGAGGUUCUCUGCCGGUACAAGAACAUCUGGAACAUUGACCUGCGCUUGCGUCCAGCCUUCCUGGGUGGCAUAAUGCAACAAACUGGUAACAAGCCACCAGCAAUGUUACCAAAGCGUGCUGAAUACAUGCUGAAGGAUGUAAAACGGAUGGCAAAAUACUACCAAGUGCCUCUACACAUGUCCGGAGCUGACUUCCAGCGUAUCAUGGCUACAAGCACUCUGCCAGCCAUGCGCUUUAUCACAGCCGUUGACAUGACAAACCCACAGUACCUGGAGCCCUUAUCUAGAGAGUUCUGGAUGCGGUUUUAUUCACAGCAUGAAGACAUCAGUCAGCCAGAGAACAUAUUGGCUGUUGCCCGGCAGGCUGGGCUCUCAGCAGAGCUCUCCCAGAAGGCGCUUGAAAUGACUGCAACCCCUACAGUGAAGGACCGGCUGAAAGAGACAACAGCUGAAGCACUAAAAUACGGGGCAUUUGGGAUGCCUUCUGUUGUGGCACAUUAUAAUGGGGAACCUCAUCUCUUUUUUGGCUCUGAUCGUAUAGAGCUGCUGGGCAAUGUUAUAGGUGAAAAAUGGCUGGGACCAGUUCCAAGCCCCAAGCUGUGAAAWGUCCUGGGGAAAUAUACAGGAAGGAAAAAAUACAUGUCAAUCUUCAGUGAUUAUCUGAAUGUACUCAAUUUUAUGGAGAGAUGGCUUUCUUAUCCUUAACAGUAAACUUUACAGUUUGGUCUCAUCUCUAAUUUUGAAGAAUUUCAAGGCUUGCCAGUAUUACCAGCCUGGUGAGGUGUUUACCAAUAYCAGUGUGCUUCCUUUCUUUCAACAGAUCAAAGAUUAACAUUAAAGAUUAAAGAUCUAACUUCUUGCAGAGUGAAUAUUCUUCUUUCCUGGUUGUUUUUCUUUCCU